UAGCUCCCAAAUCAGAGGAAACAUAAGCCAAGAAUAGUUUCCCAAAGUACAAGCCCAGUCUCUACCACAGAAGUAACCUGCCCACAUUGCAUAGGCAUUCUUCUUUCACAUCACAGCAUAAUUCAUCUUUCAGCUAGCUGAUCAACCUAUUUGCUACCCCAAAAAAAUAAAAAAGUAGAAAAAAAACCCCAGAAUCAAUUAAAACCUGCAGGAAACAACCACCCUCGGUUACCGCCUCACCCACAUGCACCCUGGCUUCACAACACUAGCCGUCACAGUGUCACGUACCCCCCUAUAAAUACCCAUCUCACUUCCAAAAGCUUAACACGACGCAACACAUUCUCCACUGACAUUGAUCGAUCGAUCGAUCGAGUCGAGUCGCCAUGGAUACCUCGUCCCGUUCGCUUAAACCCUUCGCCGCCUCGUCCAUCGACGGCGGCGUGGCGUCGACGAAGCCGGCGGCGGCGCCGGUGGUGGCGAGGUUUGGCAUGCUGACGCGGUUCCACGCGGGGUACUUCCGGAUCAGCCUGGCGCUGUCGGGGCAGGCGCUGCUGUGGCGGACGCUGAGCGACGCGUCGACGGACCCGCGGGCGCUGGGCCCCGUGGUGCGGUCGCUGCCGUCGGCGGCGUUCGUCCUCCUCUGGUCGCUGGCGCUGCUCACCCUGGUGGCGCUGUGCGCGCUCUACGCCGCGCGGUGCCUCCUCCGGUUCCCCGCCGUGCGCGCCGAGUUCAGGCACCACGUUGCCAUGAACUACCUCUUCGCGCCGUGGAUCUCCUGGCUGCUGCUGCUGCAGGCGGCGCCGCCGCUGCUCCUCCGCCCCGACGCGCGCCCCUACCGCGCGCUCUGGUGGGCGUUCUCGCUGCCCAUCCUGGCGCUCGACGUCAAGGUGUACGGGCAGUGGUUCACCCGGGGGAGGAAGUUCCUGUCCAUGGUGGCCAACCCGGCCAGCCACAUCACGGUGAUCGGGAACCUGGUGACGGCGAGGGCGGCGGCGAGGAUGGGGUGGCACGAGGGCGCCGUCGCCAUGUUCGCCGUGGGCGCCGCGCACUACCUCGUGCUGUUCGUCACGCUGUACCAGCGGUUCCUCGGCUCCGACUCGCUGCCGGCGAUGCUCCGCCCGGUGUUCUUCCUCUUCUUCGCCGCGCCCAGCAUGGCGUCGCUCGCCUGGGACGCCAUCUCGGCCUCCUUCGACACCUGCUGCAAGAUGCUCUUCUUCCUCUCCCUCUUCCUCUUCGCCUCCCUGGUGUCGCGGCCGACACUGUUUAAGAGGGCGAUGCGGCGGUUCAGUGUGGCGUGGUGGGCGUACUCAUUCCCGCUAACGGUUCUGGCGCUGGCGGCGGCGGAGUACGCGCAGGAGGUGAGGGAGGUGGCGGCGAGCGUGCUCAUGCUCGCGCUCGCCAUCCUCUCCGUAGCCGUCACGCUCGCUCUCAUGGUAUUCACCGUGCUCCGCACCAACGACCUACUCCCCCACGACGACCCCUUCUCCUGCCCCCCUCUCGCCCGCUAGCUGGUAGCCUCAGUACUACUACUUCAACCUAGCUCCUCAAAGUUCAAAACCAUAGAAAAGCUAUGGGGUUGUCCGCACCAGUUCUACUACGACCAGUAGGGACCACCGUAAAAGUUGUCACGGACGAACAGAGGCUCUACACCUAGUCACCUACAUGGCUACAUUGUAACAUACACUUGUGUGUGCAUGUAUAUAUAGUACAGUAGCUAUAGAUUUACCAAAGAGAGAGAUAUGGGUGUAAAUUUGCUUGGGAAGAUGGUGGCGGCCGACCGGGUGUGAUAGGGUCGAUGUAACGAUUCAUUUUGGGCGUCAGUUGCACAUAUGCUGGAAUUGGAAUGAUGCCGACUGGGAGUUCGUCCGGCUCCCCCAGGGCGGUUUCGGUUGAUCUCGAGCGUA